AUGUAUUGUUUUGUAGCCGGCAGACAUCUCAUCCGCUUCAUCGAGCCGAGCUAUCACUCCGAUUCCGUCCCUCGCUCCCGCGCCUCCUGUCACCCCGCGUCGAACCUCUCACACACGGCCCCGCUGAAUACGGCGACCUUCUUGAGCGGAGGCCAACGCUACACCCGCCCAAUCGAACACGCCUCGGCGCAAGCAGGGUGGCGGCCCGAAAAGGUCCAGUGGCACUCACCCAAGGUCAUAGGUGCGCUUCUCUCGAAGCAAGUGGACAAGGGUGAGGUCGAGGCCGAAGUUGACAAGAUGCUCCCGAAGCGAAGAAGAUGAGCGCCAAAAUCAAAAGAAAGCCCAAGAAGAAGGACAAGACUCAAGUCGCUCGUUCAGGUCCACACCGUUUUCACACUCUAGGCGCAAUGGUACGUGUAGUCUGCCUCCCUUCAAAGUGCGUGGCGCGGCAUCGACUUGGCUACGGAUCGGGAGAACUGACUCCGGAGAAACCUCUUACAGCCACGGCGACAAACCAGGUGAAACGAAAGUUUGAUGCGGUGACGGCUCCCCUUGAGUUGCGCUCUCGUCCAACGUUUGCCGAUGUGGACUUUCCAUGGAAUCGACGGAUACCACAAGAGUCACAGCUAUGCAUUACCAUUCAUCGUCAAGCUCGCCGGUUUUCAUGGCAAAAUACUUCAGCUGCUGCACAAUAACAACUCAAUUUGCGGAGAAACCCCAACCGCGGACUACCGGCUUGGCUUCGGAGUCAUGAACGCGACCGCAUACCUGAUCCUGAACCACGAAAGUGUUCACGUGGUUCAGUUGACAGACUGUUGGGGUACCGGCGGGCGCGCCGACUCAUUCGCAUCUCUGGCCAACAUCAUCCCCGCCGUUCACCUUCCCUCCGCUGGGUUUUCACGGUUCUUUUCUCACGAGUACCUCCCAACUGUGGCCUAG